GUUUAAAACAUAGAAUAUCCAUCGAAGUUUACAUUAUCAAUAAAAUAAUAUGAUUUGUAAAAUAAACUAUCUCGGAGAGAGUGAGCCGAACUAAGUAGGAUUCUGUUUUUUGCCACGGCCCUCUGCAUAGAAUCCGCUCUUUGUUUUCAUUUCUGUCGUUGUAGAGAGAACCCCUGAUUUGUGGAUUUUUUUUUGAAUAUAUCGGGAGCGAGCGCUAGCGAGCUAUUUUGAUUAUUUUUUGAAAGAAGAAAGGAAGGAAAACACCAGACUGAGGGCGGAAACCUCAGUCUAAGAGCAGUCUGGUGUGGGGGACUCUUCAGUUUCAGCAACAAAACAACAACUAAACAACAUACCAAGAAGUUCACACAACCAAUUCCUCAUACACUUUACACAUAGUAAAGGUAACACAGUGUGCAGUAUUAUGCCGCGUGAAGACCGAAGUAAGAAGUACUACAAGAAUAGUUCUGAGGAUUCGCGCCCAAAAACGUGGUGGACUCAAACAAACAAUUAGACGACGGCCAAAGCCUACAAACAGGGACUGCUGUUAGAUGGGCUUCGACCAGAAUUACAAUCAACUUUACGCAGGCAUGCAUGCACAAUACGUGACACGCACAAACGAUCAAGUACUACAAGAGUAACUCUGGAGGGUCGCGCCCAAAAGGUGGUGGACGCAAACAAACUAUUAGAGGACGGCCAAAAGCCUACAAACAGAGACUGCUGUUAGAUGGACUUCGAUCAGAAUCACAACCAACUUUACGCAUGUAUGCAUGCACAAUAUGUGACACGCACAACCGAUCAAGUACUACAAGAAUAGAAUAUCACGAAUUCCGUGCGUAUGCCUGUCAGUAUGGCAAUGAUCACGCGUAGCUCAGCCUUGUGCUUAGACCUAGUAGAUAUAGACGGUGCCACGAUAGGCGGACGUGAUGAGUUGAUCUCAGACAGUGAUUCAGACUUUGAUGAGAACAAAGACGAAGAAGGUGAUGACGAGGUAGAGGAGGAAAGUCGCUUACAGGCGAGAUGUACCAACCGUUUGAGCAGGCUUUCCCACAUAUGGCAGAACAAACCGACGAACCCGAUAUUGUACGUGUAUGGAGGCAUUGUUGAAGGAUGCAUUUCACUUAAUGGAUUUUGUGAAGAUUUCUAAAAGACACGGGUAUCGCUGAAAAUCUGGCAAUUGUUCCGAGACGCUCUAUUUGUAGAUAACAUUAUAGACAGCAAAGCUGACAGCAGUACUACUCCAGCAGGGGACGACGUACGAGAAAAAACUCCAAAAUAAACAAGGGGUAGAAGAUACAUUCGCAAGAGAGUUAGGCGACAUAUUCCUAGCCCGCAGAUCUUGUUUGAACGUAUAUCUGCGGUGUAUGAAAGGUUAAAGGACAAGCAGAAUAAGCAAACGAGGGAAGUACUAUUCAACGAAAAUGUACGCAAACAAUUCGGUGUAAUCUUUUCUAACAUAGAGAAUGUAUUUAUUUCUGAUUCACCAGGUGUAGAUCUCUAUCACUGUACUGCUGUAAAUACAGAUAACUUGAAGUUAUACAAAUGCGCGAGAGGUACUAAUAGUGUAGAAUUCACUGUUCAUCAGACGGUUUCUAGGAACUACCGAAUCACUAGUGCCGCCCUCUGUGAUGAUGUACAUUCGUACUUCAGAUUGAAGCGGAGUUAUACACAAGAUAUUGGGAGGAAUGAGGCACCUGAUGUCAGGCACU